UUUACGAAUGGGCGUGGUUAGUCGGUAUCGUAUAGUAUAUAAGGUGGAUCGGUCACCUCGGUCCUUAUCUAACACGAUCAUAACAAUGAAGGCUACAGUACUGUGCAUUGCCCUCCUUAUCGCCGCGGUCGCCGCUGAGCGCUGCACCUUCUUCCACCACGAGUGUUCCGGCACCACGUGCACGGACGGUGCCCCACACUGCGUGCUUGGAACCUGCAGAUGUACACAAAACACAGGACAUGCCUGCACAGGCGCCUCUGACUGCACGGACCACUGCGCUCUGUUCGGAGAUCAACAUUGUGUUGACGGUUUCUGCCAUUGCCCAUUCGACAAUGUUCUCCCCGGAGUAGGAAAAUAGAUAUUUUAAUAAAAGAAACAAAUUUAUUAAA